AUAGCUUUUGCACUGCCUCUUUCACUCCGCGCUUGCUCUGCUUCAGCUAGGGCUCCAUUCUUUCUCUUCACAGGUACAGAGAGUUUCUGAAGCUCGCAUUGCAGUUUCUCUCUGAAAGCAAACAAUGGUAGAGGGACGAGGCUCCACUCUUGUGCACAUUUUGGUGGUGGUUUUAAGCUUAGUCGCCUUUGGCUUCGCCAUUGCUGCCGAGAGGAGGAGAAGCGUCGGAACCUUGUACAGAGAUGAAAGAACAAAUGAAACAUACUGCAUCUACAAUUCUGAUGUCGCAACUGGAUAUGGUGUGGGUGCAUUCCUGUUUCUUCUUUCAGGAGAAUCACUGCUUAUGGGAGUGACGAAGUGCCUGUGUUUUGGGAGGCCUCUAACACCUGGGGGAAAUCGAGCAUGGUCCAUUAUAUAUUUUAUGUUAUCUUGGGUGAAUUUUCUGGUUGCCGAAGCAUGCUUGAUAGCUGGUGCGAGCAAGAAUGCGUAUCACACCAAAUACCGGGAAAUGAUUUAUGCUCAAAACUUCUCCUGUGAAUCUCUGAGGAAAGGUGUGUUCAUUGCUGGAGCAGUUUUUGUUGUCACAACCAUGAUUCUUAAUGUAUACUACUACAUGUACUUCAACAAGGCCACAACUACCCCACCUUCUCACAAAGCGAAUCGGGUAAGCUCCACAGUUGGUAUGGCUGGUUAUGCAUAAAUUCUCCUGAUUAUGGCACAAGGGUCCCUAAUUUUGAAGCUUGAAGUCAAUGACUGUGUAUUGUCUUUAUUGUAACAUAAUGGCUUUCGGUUGGUGGCUUUGCUUAGGCAUCAUGUUAUGGUGUUGCUCUUGGAUGCUACUGUAUUUAGUAAUUAUAAGGCAAGCUAUAUAUAUAUAUAUAUAUCAAGGCUCAUGAAACGAGAGUCUAUUUAGUUAAAUUUGUGUGAA